ACACAUUAAUCGUCGGUUCUCUUCUGGAUAUGGACACACGUGGGGAUUGUCAGACAAGUCGGAAUAUUGAUUAAAAUAGAGAGGGGUUUGUUUCACUGUCUUUAGGAAAACACAAGACAUUGUCACAAGUAAGUUUUAUCUGUGUUAGCUCUUUAAGUCUGGACCUGUUGUUCUGCUCAACAAACUAGCCUGAUGUGAAACAUUUCUCAAUCCUUGUAAGACUUGGAGGCUGAACAAAGGUUAACCUCUCACUUAACUUACUUGUUCAAAGUGUCACUUAUUUGCAAAUGGAAAGUGUGCUUCAUAACACCUGUGAAUUUAUGAAAAGACUCUAAAGUAGGACGACCCUGCUUCUGAGCCGUGUCUAUGCUGUGGAAAUAGGUUACAAAGAUCAAAUCAAAUUGCUUUUUUUUUUUAAUCAUUUGUUAGGAUUUUAGUCUAUGAAAUAGUUGAGAUCAAUGCAGAGUGAAAUCGCUGCUUUGUGAUUAGAUUACUUUAGAAUAUGGCAUAUUCUGCUGUAAAUGGAACAGGGGAAAUGAAGGAUAAAAUGAUGACAAACUGUAAUAAAAGUGAAGGAGAAAUCAAGGAACCACCUGAGCAUGAGCUCAACUCUACAAAGGUCGAGCUGAAGACUGAGCAGCAAACACCUCUGGCCUGGAAAUGGUCAGUCACCUUCCUCUGUUUUUACGGCUUCAUGGUUCAACUGAAGCCAGGCGAGUCUUUCAUCACUCCUUACCUCCUUAGCAUGGAGAAGAACUUCACCAGAGAGCAGGUCACAAAUGAGAUUAACCCAGUGCUGUCAUAUUCAUACAUGGCUGUACUGGUGCCUGUGUUUCUGCUGACAGAUUACUUGCGCUAUAAGCCUGUCUUGGUCCUGCAAAGCAUGAGCCAUGUCUCCAUUUGGCUCCUACUGCUGCUGGGCACCACCUUGUUGCAGAUGCAGUUCAUGGAGUUCUUUUAUGGCAUAACGAUGGCGGCACGUGUGGCCUACUCCUCUUACAUUUUUUCACUUGUGCCAGCAAAUCUGUAUCAGCGUGUAGCAAGUUACUCACGCUCCUCUGUGCUGCUAGGUGUGUUUAUUAGUUCAGUGACAGGCCAGCUGUGUAUGUCACUAACUGGCAUCUCAUACAAUACGCUAAGUGCCAUCUCAUUGGGCUUUGUCUCUUUUGGUCUGUUGCUUUCCACGUGCUUGCCUUGGCCAAAACGAAGUCUGUUUUUCAACCAAAACAACAGAGAUGAAGAGAAAACUGCGACUCAGUCAGAACUUGCCAAAAUUAAACCUGAUGAAAUGAUUACAGAAGGUGAAAAAGCUUUAGCAAGUGGCUCUUGCAGUCAGAAAACCUCCUCCAGGAUGAAUUUCAUGUUAAUCGGAAUGUUUAAGGAGAUGCGCAAUGUUGUGAAAGUCCCCAGCCUGAGACUCUGGAGCCUGUGGUGGGUGUUCAACUCCACUGGCUAUUAUCUGGUGGUGUUCUAUGUGCAUAUCCUGUGGAACACGUUGAAUCAAGCCACGGAGCAGAAGCAUGUCUAUAAUGGAGGAGUUGAAGCGGCCUCGACUCUGCUUGGAGCGAUCACGUCAUUUACGGCAGGAUUUGUGAAGAUCAGAUGGACAGUCUGGUCCGAGCUGGUAAUUGGGGUGAUCACUGCAACCCAGGCUGGUUUGCUGCUUCUCAUGGGCACCACCACCAACAUAUGGGUGUGUUAUGUAACCUAUAUCCUCUUCAGAGGCGUCUACCAAUUCCUGGUUCCUAUUGCUACUUUUCAGAUUGCCUCUUCUCUCACUAAGGAGCUGUGCGCUCUAGUCUUUGGAAUAAACACUUUCCUGGGAACAAUCUUGAAGACUAUUAUUAUUCUCAUUGUGGUAGAAAAAAGAGGCCUGGCUCUGCCAGUACACUCCCAGUUUUUUGUGUACUUCUUUUACUUUGCCGUGCUGACGUUGGUGUAUUUGGGCUGUGCUGCAUGGGUUAUCGCACGUCAUUGCCGCACUCAGGAGCAAGAGCAGGUUCCCACUGAGGUGACUACACCAAUUGAGCUCAGCCCUGUGAAAAAAGAUCCCUCUCUCCAAUGGACCUGUCAGGACCUGAAAAUGAAGUGACCUCUACAGUCUUUAUAGUGAGGUUCUCUCACGUGGGAUUGCUUGGUUUCCUUCUUUUAUGAGGUUCUUUGAAUAACUGUGCAUUAUUCAGACACAUAAUAUAGAGAUGCACUUUUAUUUAAACUCUGAUUAUUUGGGUUUAGUACAAGAAGAAUGACCUUUUUAUCUGUGCAUUUUAUAUUAUGCAUUGCAAAAAAAUGGAUAAGGCAUAGAGUUAAGAAAUAAGUAAGAAGUCGUAUCAAUUUUUUUUAAUAUAUUAAGCCACUAAAAAAAAUAGGAAAUGAUUGCAGAUGACAUCACUUACCUGACUAGCCUUGCUUAGUCACGUGAAAUCGUAAUGGAUGGAAAUCAUUCAUACCAAAAUACUGAGAUACCUGAGGUACCUAGUUAUGAAAUUAAUGCUGCAUUGUUUAAAUAUACUGCUGUGAGUAGGAAACUUGGCUGUCACAAGCAAAAAAGCAAUUAAAGAAUGUCUGAAUUUAUAAAUGAAUCAAGCCGGUUUAGUUAAUCUUAGCAUCCAUUUUUAAUUUUGUAUCUACACUUGUCAUAUUUUAGUUUGCUGGAUAAUAGUUUGCCUUGAGAACAGGGAACAUCCAUCAAUGUGAUGCAGAGGUCUAUUGUAACUGUUGUUACAUAAUGAACCUGUGUGAACUUUAAAAAUUGUGAAGUGCAUAGACUUACUUAUUAUAUGAUCAUUAUUUCACAGACCUCAGUGUGUGUUUAGUUGGAGCUCAUAAAAUUUUCUAGCAUAGAGUAUACUACACUAAUGAUUUUCAGUGAAUUCUUGAUGGUUGGUCAUGUUUCCUCCUCUCAUGAAACUCCUAUGUCUUCCAUAUGGAGGCCAAUAAUGCAGCAAUGUUCUUUGUUUUAGUAACCAAUGAUUUGUGAGUUUAAUCCAAGAAGGACCUUGCCAGUAUGGGUCACCAUACUUAGCUGUGUCACGUCAUGUGUACGUUGAAGCUUCAGAUUUUGAAUUCUGCUGAGAAAUACAAAGAAAUAUGUUCAAAUUCACUUACGAUGGGUUACCAAAAGAAGGCAGCUCAGACUGGCACUUCCUUUUUUAACCCAGGAAGUUACAGAAGUAUUUUUUGUUGUUUUGUUUUCUUGAAGCCUAUUUUAGGAUUUUGAAAAGAGACAUUUUUUUCUAAAUUUCCACUGUUUGAGCUAUUUUAUUUCUGAUCAGAUAUUGUAGUUUUAUUGGAUUUAAUAAAUGGAUGGUUAAAAGACAUAAUCCUAAUUAUAUAAGUAUAAUGGUUAUAAUUUUUUUUUUUUUUUUUUAAUUAAAAUCACAAUAUCUCAGAAAAAAAUGUACAGUAAAAAUUUAGGAUCACAUUAUUUUGUCAGAUCUUCUUUCAAGGUCCAUCAACAAAACUCAGUAACUGUGCUUAAAUAAGUACUCAGUGUGUUUCAAGAAUUGUUGUGUGAUACUGAUUAUAAGGAAAAUUCAUAGAAUUAUGCACUUCAAACUAUUUUAUUAGUUUAUAAUAAAAACAUUAGUUUUACUUAAAUGGUGCUUGAUUUGUCAAAGGUUUAAAAAAAGUUAUGUAUAAUAACAUUUACUGAAAACACAGAUGAGCAAAAAUGAAUAAAAUAAAAAAGAAACUUUUUUUUUUUUCUUUUCUUAUAUUUUCCACUCACAUUGGAGA